GCAUCGGCGGCGGCUGGAGGAUGAAGAAGGAGCAGGUGCUGCACUGUCAGUUCUCCGCGUGGUACCCACUCUUCCGAAAUAUCACCAUCAAGAGUGUCAUUCUUCCACUUCCUCAGAAUGUGAAGGAUUAUUUACUUGAUGAUGGAACUCUGGUGGUUUCAGGAAGGGAAGAUCCUCCAACAUGUUCUCAGCCAGACAGUGAUGAUGAGGCAGAAGAAAUACAGUGGUCAGAUGAUGAGAACACAGCCACACUAACGGCACCGGAAUUUCCUGAGUUCACCACGACAGUCCAAGAAGCUAUCAAUUCCCUUGGCGGCAGUGUAUUUCCUAAGCUUAACUGGAGUGCCCCAAGGGAUGCAUACUGGAUAGCAAUGAAUAGUUCUCUGAAAUGUAACACCCUCAGCGACAUCUUUCUACUGUUCAAGAGUUCUGAUUUCAUCACUCGUGACUUCACUCAACCAUUUAUCCAUUGUACUGAUGAUUCCCCAGAUCCUUGUAUGGAAUAUGAGCUUGUUCUUCGAAAAUGGUGUGAAUUAAUCCCUGGAGCUGAGUUCCGAUGUUUUGUCAAGGAAAACAAGCUUAUUGCUAUUUCUCAAAGGGAUUAUACACAAUACUAUGAUCAUAUUUCUAAACAAAAGGAGGAGAUUUGCAGAUGCGUACAAGACUUCUUCAAGAAACAUAUACAGUAUAAAUUCUUAGAUGAAGACUUUGUAUUCGAUAUAUAUAGAGACAGUAGGGGGAAGGUGUGGCUAAUCGAUUUUAAUCCAUUUGGUGAGGUAACAGAUUCACUACUGUUUACCUGGGAAGAACUGAUAUCUGAACGAAACUUAAAAGGUGAUUUUAGUGAAGGUGCUCUGGAGCAGGAUUCUCCAGCUUUCCGUUGUACAAACAGUGAAGCUACAGUCCAGCCAAGUCCCUAUCUAAGUUAUCGACUGCCCAAGGACUUUGUAGACCUCUCUACUGGAGAAGAUGCUCACAAACUCAUCGAUUUCCUUAAGCUGAAAAGAAAUCAGCAAGAGGAUGACUGAGUAGAGUGCUGGAGUUCAAGACCAAGUUAAGGAGGAAACCACCGCUCCUUCAGGAACUGUUCAUGGUUCACAGCUUCCUAGUAACCCAGUUGGGUGUGCGUGGGGUGGGCAACGUCGAAAUCAAUCGCUUUUUAUAUUCAUGUAUAUUAAACUGGGGAUAAAAAACAGGGACUUUGCUACUUGUAAAAAUAACAUAAUAAAUAGAACUUAAAUAUAGGAAACCA